GGGCCUGGGUCGCCGCGGCUGUCCUGCGGGGGGGGGGACCCAUCCGGCUCCUGCCUGGCUCCCGGUCUUCUGCCGCCGUCGCUGCUGCCGCUCUGUCUGCCGGCCAUCCCCUCAUCGCCCAGAGCGACGCCGCCGUCGCCGGCUGCUACUUCUAUGAGACAUUUCGUCGCCGUCUUCGUGGCUCUGCUCCAUGUGGCCCUGCUGCCCUGGGCGCUGGCAGUCGCUGCCGAGGUCCGUCUGGUGCAUUUGGCCUCGACGGACAAGUACUCGCUUGUCGAUCGGUUGAACCGCAAUGCUGCCUUCACCAAAGCCAAGCUCGGCGCAUCCAGCCGCGGCCGGGCACCAGCGCUGCGAGAGCUUCUGGCCUUUGACAACCAAACCGAGAGCGAGCUGCCACUCAUAUCCAACCCCGCGAGCCUGUUCGAGUAUGCCGCGGUCAUCUCGCUGGGCACGCCGCCUCAGCCCUUCCGUGUCAUCAUGGACACCGGCUCCGCCAACCUGUGGGUCUUUUCCAACUCGAUUGUCCUGCCGCCAUCCAAGAACGUGAGCACCUUCAACGGCAACACUUCGUCGACGGCCCAGGUCGUCCCCAACGGCGCCAACGUCAACAUCACAUACGGCACAGGUCAUAUCUAUGGGGGGCUCUACGCCGACACCUUUCAGAUCAGCGGCGCCCGCGUCAUUGGCCAGCAGUUUCUGCUGGCAACGUGGUGCGAUGGCCUGAUAUACAACCUCCUGGACGGCUUCUGGGACGGCAUUCUUGGCCUCGGCUAUCCCCGCCUCGCCACUCCCUCAGCCAAGGGGCUUCGUCCUGUCCCUCCUCUGACCAACAUGCUCAAAGGCGGAGCCAACGGUCUUUUUUCCUUCUGGUUCAAUCAAGCCUCGGCCUCGGACCCACAGGCCCUGCUCGGCAAAUUCACUUUGAACGGAUGCAACUCGGACUACUAUGCCGGCGACCUGCUUUGCAUUCCCAUUGUACAGAAUCAGCAAUAUGGCCUCUACGACCACUGGCGCAUCCCCGUCGACAACGUCACCGUAGGAUCCCAGCUGUUGGACCUCCCCUCGACCGACCAAGUGGCCAUCAUCGACACGGGCACGUCGUCCCUGGGUCUGCCCAACUCCAUAUACGACAGCGUCAUCCAACAGUUUGAUAUCCUUGGCUGGUCUGGUAGCAUAGCCGCAGUGCCUUGUUCCCAAGUCGAUUCGAUGCCAGCCAUAACGAUCUCGGUUGGAGGACACGCCUUUCCGCUUUCCCCAAACGAGUACGUCUCUCGACAAGGCGACGGCUGCUUUUUGAAUUUCAUCAAAGUCAACGGCUUUGUCGAUGGCCUGAUCCUUGGUCUGCCUUUUCUGAGAAGAUAUUACACGAUCUUUGACAUGGCCAACAACCAAGUCCGUGUCGCCGCAUCCAGAGCAACGAACUCGUCCGGGCCAUCCUCUGGAUCCUCUGGAUCCGGCUCAAGCACGUGCGAAUGCACGUCGUCUGUGCAGCUCGAAGCUGAUCUGAUCCCGUCAAGCAACGUCAUCCGCAUCGGCGAUCUGCAAGUCGAUAUCGGCCUGUUUUCGGCCAUCGUAGCUGGCAGUGUGCUCGUGAUAGCGAGCACCGGCCUGAUUAUGUGGCGCUUCCGACAGAAUCACCUCCGGCGCACGAAUCGGCCGACCGAUGAUCAUACCGUAUCCGAUAUCGGCUACGACAAGGGCAAGUCUCAAGAGAAAGCGAAUUACUCCGCAACUGUUAUUAUUCAGGACUACGAUCUCUCAGAUGACGCCGGCAGCUCACCGCGCCUCGGUGGAAGUACUUGCUGAAUCACUUUCGAAUCGAGGAGUCUCCGUCAAUACCACCAACACAAGAGCAAUCCCCCGGCUGCCUCACCUUUCUCAACCAACUCAUAAGCUGGUUUGUCUCUGCGCUUUUUUUCGUUUACCCAACCCCUUUUCGUUCCAGCCAUGCCGGCCAUGUGUUUUUGUGUCUUCUCAUGCUUUGCCUUCUCUGCUGCCUUGUCUGCCCCUGAAUCUGCCCCCUUUCGGUUUAUCGGACAUGUACGAACGGUAUUUCGCUCGGGGAAGUGCGUCUAUUCCAAACCUCCGUGAUUCUUCCUUGGCCUUUACCCUCUCUUCCGAUGAUAUCUAUCCUCUUCUUGCGGCACGCUCGCAGAUCAUACCUCGUUCUUCUAUGUCGGUGCCUACAUCUAUGCAAUCCCUGGCUCUUGUACAUACUGUGGUGCUUUCCUCCCUGAUUUUUGCGUGUACAGCCUUUCCUUGAAAAUAAAAAAAUCAUAUAUAAAAAAA